GGGGCGAGUGAGGAACGGGGCAGCGAGCCGGGAGCAGCGGCAGCAGACGGAGGAGGUGUGAGCGGAGCGCGGCCCUCCCUCGCCGCCGAGUGCCUGUGAAGCGAGGAGUCGGGGGGAGGGGAGGGUGCCUGGUCGCCAUGGCGGCCGCCAAGUUCGAGUCGCAGGACCGGGCGAGCUGGUACUUCGGGCCGCUGAGCCGGCAGGAAGCGCAGGCCAAGCUGCAGGGCCAGCGGCACGGGACCUUCCUGGUGCGGGACAGCACCACCUGCCCGGGCGACUACGUGCUGUCGGUGUCGGAGAACUCCAAGGUGUCGCACUACAUCAUCAACAGCCUGCCCGGCAAGUUCAAGAUCGGCGACCAGGAGUUCGAGCACCUGCCCGGGCUGCUCGAGUUCUACAAGAUCCACUACCUGGACACCACCACCCUCAUCGAGCCGGCCGCCCGGGCGGCGGGCAAGGCCGCGGGCGCGGCUGCGGGCCACGUCCUGCUCGGGCCCGGCCCCGGCCCCGGCCCCGGCCCCGGCCCGGCCUCGGGCGGCGGCGAGGAGAGCGCCGAGUACGUGCGGACGCUGUACGACUUCCCUGGCAACGAUGUGGAGGACCUGCCCUUCAAGAAGGGCGAGUUGCUGGUGAUCGUGGAAAAGCCCGAGGAGCAGUGGUGGAGCGCCCGCAACAAGGACGGCCGCCUCGGCAUGAUCCCGGUGCCGUACGUCGAGGUGGUGGUCAAGUCGGCGCCGCAGCCGCAGCCGCCGCCGCCGCAGGCGCCGGGCUACCGCAACUCCAGCAGCUACGGCAUCCCGGAGCCGGCACACGCCUACGCCCAGCCCCAGACCAGCAGCCCCCUGCCCGCCGGCGCCGGCGCCAGCCCGCUGCCCACCACGCAGAACGGGCCCGUCUACGCCAGGGCCAUCCAGAAGAGAGUGCCCUGCGCCUACGACAAAACUGCCUUGGCGUUGGAGGUUGGUGACGUCGUCAAAGUGACCAGGAUGAACAUCAGUGGUCAGUGGGAGGGUGAAGUGAAUGGUCGGCAAGGACUCUUCCCCUUCACUCAUGUCCAGAUCAUCGACCCCCAGAAUCCUGAGGAGAAUGAGUGACCUGAAGGUCUGGACAUUUGGUCACCUCCAUCUGCCUGUUCAUCACACAGUCAGCAUCAACAUUUGGUGCAUUGCUUCCAGAUUAAAGGGGGACACAUCAUUUUGCAAUGGAAAAGCGAUUGGUUUUUUGAGUAUCUGCUUAGCUGCUGGAAUUUAACGUUUCUGUCUGAGCUGUUCCCAUUUCCCAUUAAAACAACACCAUUACUAACCAGUGGAAAUACAGGAGAGGAGCAGCAUCAGUCCCAGUGCCUCAGAUUGGAACUUGUAGUCAACUGGGAUAAGUGUGUAGUUGGCCAAGCCCCGAAAACUUGGAACACUCAAGUGGAUAUUCCUCCUUCCUAUCUUUAUCAAUAGUGGCAUGCAGUGAUGUGACUGAGACUAAAUACUGCAUUAUCCUGAACAGUGUCACAGCUGAAUGAAUGAGGAUCUGGACUCAUCAGAAUGUUUUUCAAUCGUUUUCAAUACAACGUACAUAUAUAUAUUAGCCUGUUGUGCUACAAGCAACAUGUAGAGGAGUCACCAAUGUUUUUGGAUGCAAUCAGAUAGAUAGCUGUAGAUAACAAUCAUGGAUGUCUGUUAUACAAUUCUGUCACACCUGUAAAUCAAGCUUUUAAAGGGGAAACACUCUGAAUAGACAGCAACAGAAUUAAUCUCAUCCAGAAAAGUUGCCAGCAGGAGUGAGUAUGCCAACAUAAUUUAUCAGUAUCAACCAAGACAUAUUGGGUUUGGAAGUGGGUAUUCUGCAGACUUGCCUGGGGACUCACGUUUCACUCAAUGAGGAGCUUCCACUUUUAACAAUUAUCCUUGUCUGUUCAGGAGAUUUAGAAACCUACGUAGCAGGCAGAAACUAUUCCCAUGGAAAUAUGUGCCUUUUUGUUUUGGAAAUAGUUUCCAAAGUGUAAGUUUCUUAGUCUACCACCUUGAUGGCCGAUGUUCUGUGUCAGGCAAGUGUAAGUGCAUUAUUAACCACGUGCAUCCCACUGCCCUAUCAGUAGUGCUGAUCUAGUGCAGGUGAUGAUGGCAGGAGUUGAGUUUGUUGUGUGUGUAGAAUUUUUGUCCAUUGACACACUUCCUCAAGUACAAAUGCACAGCCUGACUCUUGCUCUCAAAAAAAGCUAUCCUUUGACAGAACAAUCCAAUCUCAAACUGAGCUUUCUUUGACUCCUGUCCUCAGUUUUAGUUGUUUUUAUUUUUAAUAUUCAAAGUUCAAGACUACAUUAAUACAAAUGCACUGAAUUAAUGAGCUGUGUGAGAAUAUUGUUAACUACAGUGCAACACUAAAAUCUGAGGCUUGUCACCCUGCCAUUACCUAUUAAUGGCCACCCAUUUGCUCAUGUGCAAAUGGGCUUUAUCAGUAAUACUGAUACAAAUAAUACCUGUUGAAUAAUUAUACAGAAAUUGUCCACCAAGGCCACAGGACUCAGGGGAAGGGUUCUUCUCUAAGAGGGUCAGUUGAUCAUUGGUUUCCAAUAUCUCAGCAGUGGUGGGUGAAUAAAUGGUAGCUGCCAUGAAUGGGCGGGUGAGAAAUUGUUGCUAACUGGAUUUUAUUCAGAUAGGAUGGUUCUUUUAAUCUGUUUUGUGACCCCUUGAAUAGUCUGAUAAGUGGGCAUGAUUGUUGAUCAGGUUCAUAUUUCACAGAGCAUUAAACAAAUGCCUUGGUAGUUCUGCUGCAGGGGGAGGGGGAAAUGUCACCAUCAAACCAAAGUAUGUACCUAGUGCCUAAAAAUCUCAAGCUGUGAAAGAAACCAGGUUAAGUAGAUUAGGUAUCACGGUCCUGUCUCUUUAGAAGUGGGUUCUUAGAACUUGAGCAAAUAUAAGAAUCAGUAGAAAGAUGUUUUGAAUAUCUGUUUCAUAUUCCUCCUGCUGUGAUUCUGGACUUGCUGUGUGAACAGAUCUUGGGUCAUAAUGAAACAGCAAUGUUCACCCAGUGCACAUUCAAUGUCUUGAUGUCUCUACAUAUCUGCUGAUAGUAAUGUUUUCGGCCUAGUUUGUUUUCUUUCCUUCGUCAAACCACUAUGGAUCCCUUGGCUUGCCUGCCAAGUUAUUACACUGGACUCCUGUAAUUCUGUCUAGUUGCCUGGAAUACAUUGAGGAUGGGUGAUGUUCUUACAGCUCUCUGAAUGGGUUCCAGUUUGUGAGUGUUUCCCCUUUACAAGUUCAUAGCACAUGGCCCGCUUCUGUUCCUGCUUAGUUCAUGUCCGUUCACAAUAUUUUAAUUAGGCUUGUGCCAUGGGAAGGAAAUAAAGCUGUUAUUUGGUUCUGGAAGGUGUCAAGCAGAAUGCAGCCUGAAGCUGAACCAAACUGUGCAGGGCAGACAUACCCACCUUCACUUGCUUGCCUUCCCACUACAUCUGUUGCCAAUAAAACUUGUUUACAACACUUCAAACUUGCAGAAGUUUUUUAAUGCUUAGAUGAUCACAAAAUACCUCUGGUCUAUGUGCAUGUUAGUAACACUUAUUUUUGUAGAGCUUUUGAUGUGUGUUCCAGAAGAUGCCUUUUGUUUAACAUUCUGGGAAUGGAGAGCAUUUGCCUGAGGAACAGUUCAUGUCGUGUCUAACCAUUGACUGAAUAAAUCUUGUAUUUUAAAUGCAAGUGCCAAGAACUAAGCUUUGCUUGCAACCCUAGUAAAUCCAUAAAAUAACCUUAA